AUGAGGCAGGAUGAGGCCUCACCUGGCAGCUCCGGUUCAACCUUCGGGCCCAUUUGGACGCGGUACGCUGUGUGGCCUGGCGCUGGGGUGUGCCUCGACGAGUCGAAUUCAGUGCUCUUCUCGAGUGGCGAGGACUUGCUGGUGAAAGGAUGGGAUCUGAGCAUCUCUAGGUCCGAUGGUCGGAACUCCGACAUGCCGGACAUGGAGCCCUUCGCGACGUUACGUGGCCACAGCGCGGCGGUGCUGUCCUUGGCCUUCCGCGCCCAGGACCGGAUCCUCUUCAGCGCGGGCAUGGAUGGCUUGAUCCGUGCCUGGACCCUACCUGAUGGACGCCUCUGUGAAGGCUUACAGCCGAUGGGACACAAAGAUUCGGUAUGGUCACUGCAGCACCACGCCUACUUGCCCUGUAUGGCAUCAGCGGGUGCAGACGGGCAGAUGUGCCUCUGGAACACCGAGGCGCAAGAGACCUCAGAUAGCCGCCUGCAGGCUUCCUUCGUCUUGAAGAGCCCAUUGCCGAAAGGCACCUUGGGCCCUUUCGCAGAGGCUGAUCUUCCAAGCUGUACAGCAUGGGUACCUGCAUUGACCAGCCAGCUACUGGCCGGCUACACCUCAGCCAGGGUGAGUGUCUUCGACGUGCGACAUGGAACUCAGGUCCUAGAUCUCUUCCCAGAAGGCGGCGCAUCUUCGGCUGCGGCCGUGACCUCCACAUGUGCGCAGCAGCUCAGUCAGCUGGUGGCCGUGGGGCAUGCGGAUAACAAGGCGCGAUUGCUGGACCUGCCGUCCGGGAGGUUCGUUGGUCAGGUGAAACAUCCCGAAUGCGUGACUGCCGUGAUGUUGGAUCCGACCAAUGUGCCCUGA